UGUAUUUCAUUAUUAUGUUUAGUUUUUGUUUUGCACUUGCAAUGUCUAAAGAUCCAUUACAAAACUUAUCGUCAACGUCUUUAAGGUACCCUCAUUCUCUCUUCACUGCUUCCACGGUUAUCGGUUAUCGUAUCCACUUAUUAAAAGUUCCUUUCAUUUGUUGAAUGGAGCUUUUCGUUUAACGAAGACUAAACUUUAAUUCGGUGACGCAUCGAGCUUCUAGAUUGAAGAUUGUAACGACUUCAGGAAAUCCCCGGAUUAUAAAUUCCACUUUUCGGCAAAUUCUCUAUUUUCACUUUUCAUCAAAAUACCAAAAAGUGCCCUUAUAAUGCAAGACCAAACAUCUUCAACACCAAACUUUGCACCUAAGAACUAUCCGUUACAACUUGGAGCAAAACUCCUUUCAUUCGCUGAGGACAAAACAUUUUCCGAUAUUUGUAUAAUUUCUUCCGAUAACGUGCAAUUCCAUGCUCACAAAUGUGUCCUUUCGGCAUUCAGUGAUUACUUCAUGGUGAUGUUUACAGGUAGCCUUAAGGAGGCAAAAGCCAGUUCGGUUAAAAUCCACAAAGUAAAUGGAAACAUUUUCAAACUCUUGUUGACUUUUAUGUACACUGGACAAAUUAAACUUGAAAACGACACAAUGGAGGAAAUGUUCAGAUGGGCGCUCUUCUUUCAAAUUCAUCCCCUAAUAGUUAAAUGUAAACGCUUCAUGGAAAAUAAUAUGAAUGCUGAAAACUGCUUAAGCAUAGCCAAUUUUGCUAUUCAACAUGACAUGACUGAGCUAUUUGAGAAAGCUUCAAAGUUCGCAAGUGAACACUUUGAAAAUGUAGCUAAAUAUAAAGGUUUUCUAAAGUUGAAUAAUAAUACAUUGCUUAACAUAGUUUCGAGUGCAGAUCUUUGUGUGACCACAGAAGAAGCAGUUUUUUUAAACCUCAUCAAAUGGAUCAAUUACGACAAACCGAACCGUGAGAAAACUUCUUUCAACUUGAUUUCCAAAAUCCGAUUUAAGCAAUUAAAUGCGGACUUUAUCAAAGAGCAUAGAUCAAAGCUUCCAUAUCAACUAGAGUAUAUGGAAUUGGUCUGUACUUGGCUUGAAUAUCACCUAUCUUCCAAAAAUCGAAAUGAUAUGAGAGGAGUAACCAUUAAACGACCAAAAGCAGGUGGAAUCACUUUUGUUGACCGGCGAAACAAUAUGAAUCCUAACUCAUUUAACUCAAACAUUUGGACUCGCGAGGAGGCUUCGAAACUACCACAUCAGUUCUAUGACAUCAUUGGCGUGGACCAUGAAAUUGUUUUUUCGUGCGAAGGUCAUUGCCUUGCAAGUUUUAAUCUUUACAACCGGGAAAUAAAGCUUUUACCUCCAAUGAAAGUACCACGUAAAGGUUAUGCAUUGGCAGUACUUGAAAAAUGCAUAUAUGUCGUCGGUGGCUAUAACGACAAAUAUGAAUGGCAAAAUGUUGUUGAACGGUUUAAUUUAAAUAGACAUAUUUGGGAGGAUGUAACUCCAAUGAAUAACAUACUUGUGUCACCAAAAGCAACUGCUUGUAACAAUCAGGUGUACGUAGUGGGUGAUGAAUCCCUAACUAUGGAAUGCUUUGAUUCUAUGAGAAGUGUAUGGACGUCGACAAGUUUCCGUAGAAACUAAAGAUAUAAACUAUGUGCUUUCCUAAUUCUGUAAUGGUUUUCAAAGUUCUGUUGGUCCAAAGUCUAUUUCAUUAUUUUGUAAUGUAUGACUUUUUAAUGUAUUUUGUUUAACAUUUUAUCUAAUUUUAAAUUAAAAUACAUGUUCGCGAG